AUGAAUGACAGUAACCAGACAAGGAUUUCAGAAAUCCUACUUCUUGGAUUUCACAACAUUCAAAACCUGAAAAUUGUCUUCUUUUUGCUAGUUCUUUUUAUUUACGUUGGGACCUUGAUGGGUAACCUCUUGAUAAUUGCUUUGGUGACAAUUGACCACCGUCUCCGCACGCCUAUGUAUUUUUUCCUUAGCUUGCUUUCCUCUUUUGAGAUCUUAUCAACCACCAACAUUGUGCCAAAAAUGCUCUCGGUCAUCAUCAGGGAAGGUGAACCAAUUCCAUUUUCUGCCUGUAUAAUACAAUUUUAUAUCUUUUCUGCGUCAACCAAUUCCGAAUGCUUUUUGUUGACAGUCAUGUCCUUUGACCGAUACUUGGCCAUCUGCAACCCCUUGAGAUACAUUUCCAUCAUGGACCUCCGGCUGCAGCUUAAUCUCGUCUUCUGGCCUUGGCUUACAGGAUGUCUCAUAACCUUAUUUAUUACAGUUUUAGUUUAUAAACUUCAGUUCUGUGGACCCAAUGUCAUCGACCAUUUCUUCUGCGAUCUAUCCCCUAUUCUAGAGCUUUCCUGCUCGGAUACAUCAAUGGUGAAGGUUCAGUCUGCCCUGUUUUCUGUUCCCGUCAUUCUUCUCCCAUUUAUUUUCAUUGUUGUAACCUACAUCCUAAUAUCUUUUUCGAUUAAUAGGAUAACUUCCACUGUGGGAAGGAAGAAGGCCUUUUCCACCUGUAGUUCCCAUCUGGUUUUGGUUUGCACAUAUUAUGGGACCUUGACAAGCGUCUAUUUAUUCCCAAUGAAGGACAAGUCAACAAAUGUCAGUAAAUUGAUUUCACUGUUGUACAUUGUUGUAACCCCACUGCUUAACCCCAUCAUGUACACUCUCCGGAAUCAGGACAUCAUUGCAGCUCUGCACAAAUAUCUAAGUAUAGUAUGCGUCAAAAGAUAUGCGAAGUAG